AUGAAGUACACAGAGCCUCUAAUGACGUCUGGAGGGACGGAAGAACCUUCGCUUCAGUGGCGGCCGGAAUCCCUGUUCCUCCCCCCUCCUCCUCCUAUUCCACGCCCUUCACCGAUUCCGCUCCGAACAGGAACCUUCAUGGAACAAUGGCUGAAAAGUGAGUUAACACUAGUGGGCGAAGCCAGAAGCUACGCUCAUCUGACUAGUUUGCUAGAUUCAAUCUUGAAUGGAGAUGAUGGAAGAUACAAAGCAAAAUACCUAGGAGGACUAAAAAUCGGUAUAAGAUUCAGAAAUCCUUUUGAUGUGAGGAAAUUCAUGGGGGAUAAGGGAGAAUGGAGUCUAUGGCUCAAAUGGAUAGACAUGGGGGAUAAGAUUGAUUUAAAAGAGGACAAGAUUUCUUGGCUAAAAGUGGUGGGAUUGCCCCUGCAUCUGUGGGACGAAGGAAACUUCAGAGCAAUAACACGGAAGAUGGGGGUGAUAUCAAAUUCGAUUGAAAUAAGCAUGGCGAAGAUCGAUGUAUCGCAUAUGAAGAUUUGUGUCAUUACUACGUCUCUAAAAAGAAUGAAUAAAGAAAUUACAGUUGUGGCAGACAACAAAAUAUUCAAAGUUGGAAUAUAUGAGAUUGAUGAUGACUGGAAGCCCUUCUCGACUCAUAAUUAUGACAAUGAUAUGGAAUGA